GCACGGCCGCCUCCAUCGAGACAGCUGCGCCAUGAUUUUCUCCAGCACUUGCAACUUCUCGGCCGUGGCGGCCGUGGUGGUGCUGACUCCCCUGUCGUGGCCCUUCGUGCUGUGUUUUUCGUGCCGGGUGGCGACGUGGAUGUACCGUCUGUACCUGAUCGCACUGGUAGCCAUUGUGGCGUUCGCCAUUUGCUAUCCGAGCCGCCGGCAGGGCCUCGUGAACGACCUGUACCGCUACUCCGUGCCGCCGGACUUCGACGCGGACAUCCUGGAGGAGGAGCCGUCUCACGGAUGCAGAGGCGUGGCCAGCGCGGACUCCCUCGGCUUCAAGUCAUCGGAGCACGUGUCCGUCGCCGAGGCCAAGCGGCAGAAGGCGUAA